AUGGAGCCUCUCGUGCCAGAAGGGUAUACUCUUAUCAAAAAUCUCAGUGAGAGCCCUUAUCGAAAGGUUAGCCUCGUUAAGAAUAUUGAAGACGACAAAAGAUAUAUCAUCAAAGUUUAUGAUAAGAAGAAAAUCAUGGAGAACAAAUCUAUAGUACAAAGUGUGCUUAAUGAAAAGAAAGUGCUGGCUGAGAUAGAUCAUCCCAAAAUCAUCAAGCUCAGAGGAACAUUUAAAGACGAUGAUAACAUCGGGUUGAUUUUAGACCUUGCGAAAGGAAUUGGAUUAUCAACUAUCCUCCAAUCGCAUCAGAAAUUACCAGCAGAACUUGUCUCUGUGAUAAUUUGCCAGCUGAUUGAAAUAUUUGAAUAUUUACAGUCGAAUGGAUAUGUAUACAAAGAUCUUAAGGCUUCACAUGUAUUCUUGGAUAAAAACUCUCGAAUUACUCUCAUUGAUCUUGGAAUGGUUGAAAAACUUGAGUCUGGUGAAAGAAGUUAUAUCCCUGCUGGAACUUUCCAUAGUAUGGCUCCUGAAAUGAUUGAUGUGUGGGAGAGUAGCAUUCUUAACUCAGGAAAAGUUGACCAAGAAAACCUUCCUGGGUAUAAUCACAACAUCGAUCUUUACGCUAUUGGAGUCUUGAUUCAUGAAUUAUUACUUGGAAAGCCUCCUUACGGAUACCUCCAAGCUAUUGCAGAUAAGGAAAAGAGACUAGAAUACUUUACUAAAACCAGAGAAGGGAUUAAUAAUGAUGAACAGCUAGAGCUCAUCGAAGAGAAUCUUGGAAAAGUUCUAAAUGAGCAGCAAAAUAAUUUAAUCGAUCUCAUGAACAACCUUCUUAAGCCUAAUCAUGAGGAACGCCUGGGUGCCAAUAGACAAACAGAAGAGAUUAAGCAACAUAGCGCCAUUAAUUGGUAUAACUUUGAAGAUGAGGCUGAAUAUCUUGACAGUUUUACAAAGAAAUCGAAAUGUAAACUAGGCAUUGAUGAGCUCAACGAUAUUCUCAGCUUCGUAGAAACUUGAGGGAUCCAUAAUGAGAGCGACUUCGCAGAUGACGAGAAACUUAAUGAAGAAGAGCAAAAAAUAUUUGAUGAUUUUUAA